CCAAUCCCCACAACCACAAAAUUCCCGCCCGUUGCCUCCACUCCACCGGCUGGCUAAGCUUCCUGUCUACGUCAAGACAACCUAUUUACUAUUUGAGCAUUUCUACUAUGCUAUAUAGUAUAUAGUAUUGGUGCUUUAAUGUACAAUUUAAAGUUGAUCCAUAACAUUAAAUGUAUAAGUUUAGGUUGUACUAUUAUGUUAUGGUACAACUUUACAACUUGAAGUUGUACCAUCACAUAAAAGUACAAGUUCAAGUUGUACCAUAAAAGAAUUUAUACAAAAAAUAUAGGUACAAUCUGAAGUUGUACCAUAACGUAAAUGUACAAUUUUAAGUUGUACCAUAAAGGCAAAAUCCUAUAGCACCAAUACUACAUAGCAUUGUAAAAUUUCUCUUUACUAUUUAGUGUCUGAUUAAUUUUUAUAGUUGAAAUUAAAAAACAAUGACCGCAAAAUCCCAAAAGCCUUUGCGUAAUUAAUGUAAGUGAUAAUGGCAUUUUGCAUACACAUUUGGGUGAUAGAUGACACAUUUUUGUCCGUUCUCUCUCUCAUCUCUAUGGACUAUGGGGUUCCAAAAGAAACACGUAUUUGUCUAUAACGUGUUAAUUUAGGGUUCAAAUGGGAGUUUUUCCAUUCCCCAAUUUCAUGUAUGAAAAAUGUAGACUUCACGCUCUUCUUCCAAAUGUUAUUAUUUAUAGAUUAAGAACUUACAAAGUUUCUUCUCGAUUCUUUUUCUUACAACAAUCACUCCGUUGCAUUUUGUUUGUAUGUUCUUCGAGAUAAAUUUUUGUGAAAUCUUUAUCUACGAUACGUUCUAAUUUUUAGUGUCGGAACCACGUUGAUAACAAAAGAAAUUAUAGCCCACAAACAUUAAAAUUAUAUAUAAUUGAUAAGAAUUUAACUACUUUCCUUAAAAUUGUUCUGGAUAUAAAUUGUUAACUCUAUUCCAGAUUUUUUAUUCCACCUUUCUUACUCAACUCAAAUAUUUAACUGCGGGCGUUUUGGAAAAUAUUAGAUAUCUAAAAAAGUUUUUUCUCUCGUUUAGCGAGAGUCUCGGAGCUAGGGUUCCGGUGAUUGUGAUUGUACACUUUUUACCCCUUUUUUCUUAAAUGUUUGAGGCACUUUUACUCCAUGAGGUUCGGUUUUACACUAGGUUGUGAUUGUUUUUAGUAUGUUACAGAUCCUAGCAGGUGAAAUCAACCCAUGGAACGAAAGAUGGACGAAAAGGUUCGAAAACCGGUCAAAAGGGAGCAAACAACAAUAGUUCAUGGUGGAGGCCAACAGUUCACGGCCAGCCACACCGUGAAGAAGGAGCGCAGACCGUGAAGCGCAACGAGUCCAUGAGGGUUUUGCACGCCUUGCAGGAUUUCAAAAUUUCACGGUCACCCCGACCUUGAAAACCCGCUCCAGACCGUGAAGCGCCUAAGUGAAACGAUGCGCUUUUGCUUGACAUCACGGUCCAAGCCCAAUGUUCACGGCCGUGAACUAGGACCGUCAAAUGUCGUCGAUCUGGGUAUAUAAGGAGGGCUGAGCUGAAAAAGAAAGGGAGAGAACCUAGUGAGAGAGACUUCUUCAUAUGCAGAUUUAUAGAGUGAGAAAGUGACGAACAAGAGAAGGAGGAGAAGUUAGGGUUUCAUCCAAGAGCAAAGUUUUGGGAAUUUCUUCCUCCAAGGUUGAUCCCCACACCACUAGGAAGAAGGCAAACAUCAUCAAGAUGAGUUUCUCUCUUCUCCUUUGUGUAUUCCCUCUACUUAGCAUGGAGUAGUCCUUUCUUUCACUUGGGUGUUUGUAAAUCGUAGCUAUAAUUAUGUGAAUGUUUGUAUGGAUUGAAUGUUGUGUUUUAAUACAAGUUAUGAGGUAUUUUCAUAAAGGUUGUGUUGUGUUUUUGUAUUUCCAACUCUUAUGCCAUUUUGACCUAGGUAGGGGGAAAUCCCCUUCUUGCGAAGAGGCUUAUAAAAGCUGGAAUUCCUUGGCCAAAUUGUGUCACCUACUUAGGUUGAAUUAGAGAAAAACUUUUAAUACGUAUUAGCACCUUGGGUAGGUUGUGUUUUGGCCGUCUGGACUACGGUUCGAGGGAGAAGCCCAAACAACCCUUAGUCGAUUGGCCAAGAGAGCUACAUUGGUAGCUUGAUUCCAAAUCCCUUGGCCUAGUGACCGAGAGAGUGACACUUGUUCAGUUUUUGUGCCUCUCUACGGUUUACAACCGCCUUUACCACACAUUUGUAUUCGAUCCCACAAGUCAUGGUUACUAUCUAGGGGGAGUGACACCUGGGUGAACCCUUCUCAAUUAGUGUUCAAACCAUUUACUUUUCCAGUCGCUUUAGCUUUGAACCAUAGUUUUAACCAUAAACUAUUUUCUAGAUAAUGUUUCAAACAAUUGAAGUAGAGUUAAAUGGACCGGCCCGUGUUUGACUUUUAAAACAUACUUGCUCCAUAUUGCACCCGGUUAAGGUUUAUACUUGGGCCUUAAUCAAGAUUUUUAUUGUGAUAUUCGAGACGAGUCAAGUUUUUGGCGCUGGUCCAGGGGAGUUUCGAUAUGUUAUUUUGAAAAGAUUGUUUGGUGUUAAUCUUGCGUUUACCUUUUGUUUUGUGAGUGUGAAUCUUGCUUGUGUUAGACGAGUUGUGUUUCAAUGAAGUGUGUGCAGGAGGGUGUAUGACUUGGGUAAUCCGACACCUUUGGCGCCACUAGACGAGAAUCUCAACUGCACUCUCCGACUCUUGGCUCGUGAGAGGGAGCUGGCAGAAGCAAGAAGAAGGAUUGAAGAGAGGGGACAACCACAAGUUGGUCCCAAACUUAAAGAAGUUGUAGUUGAGGAAGAGCUUGAAUUGGAGGAAGAGGAAGGAAAUGAAGCCGAGAUGGCGGCUAAUCAAAAUUCCCAAGAGGGAGUUGAGGAACCGAGGACCAUGGGAUACUAUAUGGCUCCACGGGCGACGGAUAUCCAGCCGACCAUUGUGCAUCCACCCGAGGUCGCCAACAAUUCCGAGACCAAGCUUGACAAUGAUCCAAAACAAUGUGAAAUUCCAAGGGCUUAAAGACAAGUCUCCAAGGGAGCAUAUCCAGAGGUUCGUCGAGAUUGCAGGAAGUUUGAAGAUCAAUGGGGUACCCGAAGAGGCUUUGAAUUUGAGGUUAUUCCCCUACUAUACUGCAGGGAAUGAGCUCAAGUGGCUCAACAAUAUAACAGCCCUCUCGAUUAACUCAUAGGAUACGAAUUUCUCAACAAGUUCAUGGCCUGAUAUUGUCCACCUUCCAAGGCGGCGGCCAUUUUGCUCAAUAGGAGGAUGCGAUAUGGAGGGACUCAUGGGAGAGGUACUCUGACUUUUUCCUCUAGUGCCCACAUUCGGAUUUGAAGAACAGUUCCAGAUCAAAACCUUCUACGACGGUCUCCUCCAAGAAGACAAGAUUCUCAUUGACUCUCUAUGUCAAGGGAAGUUGAUGAUUAAGACUCCAACCGAGGUGAUGAGGACAUCAAUGGGCCAGUCACACGUGCAAAGGCAAGAACAUUGAAGGAGAAGCUUGCAACAUAUAUGGAGAGCACUUUGGAGUCAUGGACGUGGAGCUGUUUUGAGGGAAGUCAUAUAUGAUGAUUAGAGUGGAGGAAGGAGUAAGUGUUGGAGAGAAGGCAGAUUUCAAGAAGUAGCCUUAACGAGUUUGCUUAACGGGUCCAGGCUUAACGGUUUGGGCUUAACGAGUUUGCUGAGCUGUUUUUGGGUUUCCUUGUUUUAAAGUCGGUUUAUGAUUGUUUUUCCAUGUUGGAGUCAGAUUUGGAUUGUAUUUGCCUAUUUAAAGGGGCUGAACUCGUCGGUUUAAGGGUAGAAAACCCUAUUGAUUAAAUUGAAGGCUUUGGC